AUGGGGACGCUAGGUAGCACUCGGGCUUCCUCGCCACCUCAAGUUACGUCGACUAGAACGCAUCUUCCCGGUCCGCCAACAAGCACCGAUCCCGAUUCUGCCGCCGACACUGCACCCUUUGCCCUGGGCCGGUUUGAGUUCGAGACGGGCAAGGGUAAUGAGGGCACCAAGAUCCUGAUGGUGGAAUGGGACCCCUCGAUAUCUCCGGCUUUCUCUGCGCCGGGAUCCGACCUCUCAUCACCGCCAACCAAGUCUUGGGACGUUUCAUGGGAUGGUAAGACAACCCAUCUUCCAGCAAGCGACGACGUCAAAGGAACGCAUAAGCGCGUGUACUUCCUACUUCCCCCGGGUGCCAUUGUUCCUCCCACCGUUGCCAUUACUCAUCCUGACGGUACCGCCCUCACCAUCAAACCCCUUCCGGCCAUCUUCCCGCCAGGCCUGGCUGCCAGUGAAUUAGAAACUGGAACACGUGGGGUUCUUCACACCAUCUGGGCCAAGAAGAGACUCCGUGAACUUCAACAAGAGAUCGAUGCUGAGAAAAUGACAAACGCCGAAAGCGUUGGCUUAGAAAUGGUGCUCCAGGAGCAGCAAUGGGUCGUCGAUCACUUUGGUCUUACUCCGAAUGACAACGCCGUUGAAGGCCGGACGACGUCCGCAUCACAGACUCUACCUGGUCCCAUCUCUCCUCAUACUCCUACGGGUGGCCGACUGGGAGAGAAGCUCAAGGGACUGAAACUCGCGACCUCUGUAGUAGAUUUGAUUGCUGGAUCGGCUGACAAGAACGCGCAUCUUCGGCCCAUAUCGUUCUCGCCCGCCCCUAAUGACGUGACUGUUCACUCCUCCUCCAACCCUGCGCGGGAGACGACGACUGCCAACCCGUCACUCGGAGGCUCAGCAUCGUUGGACGCCAUGCUCGCAGGAACCGGCCUUCACUCGAGGCAGCAAGACCAGGACCAGGAGGAGGAGCUUUUUGCACUUCCGAUGAGCCCUCGUAGUCCUGAGAUGAAACGGAGCCCCUUCAGCUUCGCUUGA